AUCCUCUCAGCGGUGCGAACGCGACCAUUUUGCGGGGGGGAUCGGCGGAGCGGCGGUGGCGCGCUGACCGGGCCGGGGGGCGCCAGGCCCACACACGGGAGCGUGGACCCUCCCGCGGGCGGGCGCGGGCCGGAGGCUGCGGCCCUGAGGGGGCUGAGCGGGCGGAGAGGCGCGGCCUGAGGCGCUGGGCCCAGCGCUGCGGGGAGGGGACAGGCGGCGCCGAGCCCGCACCGAGCGACCGUUGCGGGGUUUAUUUUUUUCUUUCCCUCCCCCUCGGCUGCGGGAGACGUCCCCCGGGCCGGGCCCGAAGCGCCGGGGAAAAUGUCCAGGCCUGUCAGGAACAGGAAGGUGGUCGAUUACUCCCAGUUUCAGGAAUCAGAUGAUGCUGAUGAAGAUUAUGGGAGAGAUUCAGGUCCCCCAUCCAAGAAAAUCCGUUCGUCUCCCCGAGAGGCUAAAAAUAAGAGGCGAUCUGGGAAGAAUUCUCAGGAAGACAGUGAGGAUUCAGAGGAAAAAGAUGUGAAGACUAAGAAAGAUGAUUCGCACUCAGCAGAUGAAGAUUUUGGCAGUGAAGAUGAUGACUUAGGAGCAGAUGAUGGCAAAGCUGACAGUGACUAUGAGAGUUCUCAAAAAAGCAAAAAAGGAAAAAAGGCCAAACCAGAUAAGAAUAAGAGAGCCUCAAAAUCCAGGAAAAGGCCUGCAGAGGACAGUGAGGAUGAGAAAGAAGACCACAAAAAUGUGCGUCAACAGAGGCAGGCAGCAUCCAAAGCAGCUUCCAAACAACGAGAGAUGCUUAUGGAUGAUGUGGGUAGUGAGGAGGAAGAGCAAGAGGAUGAUGAGGCACAGUUCCAAGAGAAAGAUUCAGGAAGUGAUGAAGACUUUCUCAUGGAAGAUGAUGAUGAUAGUGACUAUGGCAGUUCAAAAAAGAAAAACAAAAAGGCCUCCAAGAAAUCCAAACCAGAGAGGAAAGAAAAGAAGAUGCCAAAGCCCAGGCUAAAGGCUACAGUGACUCCCAGUCCAGUGAAAGGCAAAGGGAAGGCAGGCCGCCCCACAGCUUCCAAGACAACAAAAGAAAAGACCCCAUCCCCCAAAGAAGAGGAUGAAGAGCCUGAAAGUCCUCCAGAAAAGAAAAAAUCAGCCAGCCCUCCGCCAGAGAAGUCAGGGGAUGAGGGAUCUGAAGAGGAAGCACCCUCUGGUGAAGAUUAAAUGGCAGUUGAGGAAAUCUUUGUUUAAAAAAAAAAAAAAAGAAAAAGAAAAAAGAGAAAAGGAAAAAGAAAACAUACUUAGGGGUAGAACACGGUUUUGGCUGUGGCUUGACUCAUGGGCUUUGAAUGCUGUCUUUACUUUCAGCUGUUUAAUACAGUGUAUCCUUUUUUAAUAAGAGGAAACCCUCAUACAGUAAUAUUUUGAAGUCACUGUUCUCUGUUGGCCAUUCCGUUCUCCCUCCCCCACCAAAUCUGAAAGCCAUUUGAGACAAAUUAACAGACCAUUGAAAUAUAUAUUUUUUUCAAGGGAUACUGCAGUUGUGAAGCAAUAAGGUUUGGGACUGAUACAUGGAAACCACACUUACAAAUCAUUGAGUAGAAUAGAUUUCCCAGUGCUGGUAAGAGUUCUUCAAAACUAUUAUUCUGUAUUUGAAUACGUGGUUUAAAAAAAACCCAUGCUUUAAUAGACUUUUCUCAGUAGAAGUACCUUCUCUCAGAAAAAAAAAAUUAUAUAUAUAAACUGCAGAAGAGGAAACAUGGGGAGGAAACCUGUGUUUCUUGGAUUCAUGCAACUUUUUAAUGGCAAGCAAUCAAGAGACUUAUAGGUGGUCCACUAUCUUUUGUCUAGAAACAUCCUCCAGUUAGGGUGCAAGAUCUUUCAUCUCUCCUGGAUAGAAUACUGUUCUGCUUAGGCAAAUCUCAGUUCAUUCUAUACUAUUUCAGAUACACAACCUAGAAGCUGCUCACAUUCAUUAAUUCUGUUUUACUUCUUCCAAGGUUGGCUAUAGAUGGGCAGAAUAGGAUUGAAAACAAUUUUUAAAGCUCUGGUUUCUAUUUGACAUAGUGGAAGUAUUUCUUUAAAGUUGUUCCAAGGGGAAAAAAAAAACGGACAGUAUAAAACUAGAUUUAUUUUUUUUCUUUUGGGGUGAGGGAUGUCCUUUUUCAUAAUGUGAAGCAAAGGAUUCCUGUAAUGCUCUGGUCAGUCUCGGAUCCCAUGAGUCACGCUUAAGUGCUUCUCUUCUCUCCCUCCACCUGUCCUCAGAAAGGCUGUGUAAUCACGUCUGAGCCUCUCCAGCUACAGUGUUGGACAGUAGACUUCCAUCGAUAGUGAACAUCACCCCAGAACCACUUCCAUUUCUUCAUCCUCCCAUCCUGCAGCAUGGGAGGAUUUACUCAUUCUGCUCCCACACUGAUGUGUCUGCCUCUGGUCGUCAUUCUGUUCCCUAAGCCUAAAAAGAGUGGGGUAGGGAACAAUAUUAAAGGAUGAAGCUGAGAGGAAAUGAAGUUUGAAAACAGUGUAGCAGGGUUCUAGUUUUAUAACAAAAGCAGGAUGUCCCUCUAAAUGCGAGAUACUUGAGGUGUGUGUAGUGGCAUUUUAAUGUGUUUUUAUCAAAGCAGCCAUAUCCUUUUUUAAACUCAAUUGAAAUACACAAGCCUUGGUUUUCAAACCCUAAUGCAGAGAUUGCUGCCAUGUUUGUUGGUGGAAAUAUUAAAAACUGGACCUGCCAUUUUUUUUCCUUUUUUUCUUAGACCCUUUGUGCUUUCUGUAUGUUGCUCACAGUUAUCUUACAGCUGACAAGCUUUGCAUCUUUUUUUUUUUGUCACUGAAGUACAUGUUUUGUAACCAGCCUCUUGAAGGUAACAUAAGGCAGCUAACUAGUCGGAUUUCUGGUGCACGUGCUACCAGAUUUUUAAUCCUGUUCAGACUUUAGAGAGCUUUUAGAUGUGAUACACUAAUAUGGCCAGGAAGGACACUUGGCUGAAUGGGAGGGAGCCUGAAGAUACUGAGCACAGUGUGGAGCCUAUACCAUGGAAUGGAAUAUUAAUAGAACAGCCAAGUGAUUGUCUUGUGUGAUUCAUAGCCAUGGACUUUAUUGAGGCUGGUAAAUUACUUUACCUUGGCUUAUAAAAAUUUAAGUUCUCUAACAUUCUUUACUAUAAUGAAACUACUGUUGCCGUUACAAUAAAGAUGAUCGGUGUUUCCAUUGUAAAUCUUUUUUUUACCUGGUUUAGUUUUGCAGAACAGCUUAAGGCUGGACUCAAGUAUCAGUCUUCAAAAAGAAGUGAAUGUGCUCCCCUUUCCUCCUCACCAGCUCUUCCCACCUUCUAGAUUCCUGGGAGGGCAGAGUCUCUUGCAUCCCCUGCACUCCUAGUUCAGUGUUUCUUGGGUAAUAAGGGGGGGAAAAAAAAAGGCCAAAUUUUAAAUGAUGUUUGGAUUGAUAUUUUGGGAGUAGUAUAUACUUACCUGAGUGUCUGGUCCACGUGGUUUUUCCCCCUUCUUCAGUCAAGACUGUGUUUCAAGUUACUCUAUUUAGGGUCUUGAUUUAUUUUUGGUAUUGAAAUGUACAAGGAUCACAGGAAUGUAGAACACCUCUAGCUGAUCUGAUCAAACAGCUGUUUCUUUACCUGCCAGACCGGCUUUUUUUUCUGAAGAGUGUAUUUUGUAAGUUCCACUUAAGAUACAUUUUUUUUUUUUGUUUUCUUUUUUCAUUUUCCUAACACGGUUAACUGAAAUUCAGGCUGUGAGAAAUACAUUUCCGUUGUUUUCAGUUCAGGUUUUGGACUGCAGAUGAUUUUAUGCCUGCUGAUUUGGGCCCUUUAUCUCGUAAAACCGUUCUGCGUUCUCAUAUGUUCAUCUCCAAUGGCUGUCAGAGGCUGCACGAUGCUAUCUUUGGGUUUGUUUCACAAAGCAAACACUAUGUAAAUCCUGUACUACUACUGGGAUUUUGUAACGUUUUCUACAAUCUUACUGUUCUGCUGGUUUGUGCAGACACUAAGCCCCAAUGGUCUCUUGGUUCCCCUGCUAGAAAUACCCCAGUUUACAUUGUUACAGGUUGAAGAAGGUUGUGAAGGUUAAUGCAUAACUUUUCUUUUUAGUACACGCUUUUCAGGAGCAACAGACUUAACGCUUUAAAACGCCCUUCCAAAUUCGUUUGUAUCUUAAGCAUUCUGGUUUCUUGAAGGAAAGCUGUUUUAAAGAAAAAAAAAAAAAGCCUUUCUCCAGAGGCAUGAAUAGUUCUCCAAGGAGCAGAGAGUUUCGUUCACAGAAGAAAGCUUUGAAAGAAAUGGCUUCUGUUAAUCAGCUGUAGCUGUGGGGCCUGUGCAGAGAGGUAAACAGGUUCAUUCCAAAGUUCACUUCAUCUUGUGUCCUGCCCUGGUCUCACACUUGAAGAGGUUCGUUAUUAAUUUCCAUUCUGCAUCAUUCUGUACGUUCUGUUUCGCAUUUGUAUGCAAAGAAUACUGUCUUUACCUGGCCGCAAGGCUUGAUCAGUAAAGAUUUGGAGUUGUGGUUGGAAUUUCCUACUAAAGAUUACUUGUUCCAGUUUGUAUUCGAUCAGCAUGAGAGUACCAAACGUGUCAAGCUGAAUGGGUUUCGGGACGGAUUGCGGGUGAGAGCACUUAGAAAUAUGGCAGCCAAUAAACUUUCAGUUCUGUUAACUUCAGCAAAGCAAAGGAGUGUGUGGGGAGAGAAGCAGCACACCUUACCUAAAUUCCAGGCAACGUGACAGAUGCCAGGUGAUGGCUCUGAGCGUGCUCAGCUCCUGUGCCACCACACAACUGCAUCUGCAGGUGAUGGACGACCAGGGCAGUGGCAGAAAAUGCACUUGAAUUUCUUUUUCUUUUUUUUCUUUUUUUUCUUUUUUUUUCUCCCCCUCCACUGUUGAUGGUCACAAAGGUACAAUAGACACUGAGGCACCCAGGUUAAGGAGGGAGGGAAGCAAACUGUAACAUGCUGGAAGCUUUUGAGCUGUAGAAACUGGUGCUUUGCUUUAUGUAAUUUGUUUGUGAAGUGUUUAUUUUUAUAACAGAUCAUAUUGUCGAACACAUGGUUCUUGGAAACCACAAACUGAUCCAUGAGUUGAAGUAUUGGAGAAGUGGAUAUUCAUCUGUUGGGGGAGGCAGGAUAUGAAAAAUGUAAGCAGAUAGCUGUUGAAAGGACACUGUCACAGGUAGUCGCUGGCAUAUAGGAUGCGUUAGGUUGGGGGGCGGGUGGGGUCCCAUCUAUAUGUGGAAAUUAUAUAUUCUAUAUGUAUAUGAUCCAAUAGAAAAAUGUUCCCUGAACUUUGAAUAUUUUCCUCUAGUUUUGGGAGGUUUAAAUACACACAACUGACGUGCGUGGAAGUGGGCAGUGAAGCUGUUCUGCUCAAAGUGGUGGGGUUUCUCUAAACGUGCUGGGGAAUACGAGAGCUCCGAAAGGCAGCAGCAUCCUUUGGAGAGUCCCCACAUUGAGCGUAUCCUCAUUCUAGACUUCCCAUGCCAGUAGGAGGCUGGCAUCUGAAUGUCUUUUCACGGAACUCUUUGUAUUCAAAAAACCAAACAGAAAUAUUUCUAAGUCUAGCCAAGUUCUCACUUACGUGCUGGCUCUGCAUCAACCACUAUGGGAAACAACUAACUGCCUGCCCCCUCCAGCUGCAGCGAGUCGAAUGGGUCCAUCGGUCUGAGCAUGCUCAGUGUGACUGCAAAACACCAUUGUGCAUAUGCUUUGUAUAUUGGGGCGAGGGUUUUUUAUAUAUAUAUUUUGGGAGGGAUCGCGGGUGGGAUGGAGAAAUACUCAAUCAGCUUAAGCCAGAAUAAUGUGUGUAAAAGCCCCCUGAAGUAUUUGGUGUGUGAGUGCGCGAGUGUGAGUGCGCGCAUGGGAGUGUCUGACAUCUUAUUCCCUUUGUGUUCUGAAAAUCUGUGAGUUUUACUCUUUUUUUUUUUUUCUUUUCCUGCAGAAGCAAUUGUUAACAAAAAAAAAAAAAAAAAAACCUGUAAAUAAGAGCUUCAUAACUUUCUUCUUUCGUUUAACCAUGAACAUCAUGUCACAGCAAACCCUGAAUAAUGGCUCUGAAGGUAGAGAAGGAAGAGACUCCAGGUAGGGCCUUGGGCCUUUGGCUUUCAGCGAAGCAUCGUUAUAUGGUAUGCAACAAAUACUUGUUCGGAGUAUUUGCAGUCCCCCGUCGAGCUUUUCUAAAAAUCGGGCUCUUUGCAGUUACCCUCCUUAUCCCUUUUAAUAUAUAUUAUUAUUUUUUUUUUUUUUAUGUCAAGAGUGGCCAGAAAAAGGGGCAGCUGCCCCAUGGUUGGAGUGUGCGCAGACGUGGCUCCCGUCGCUGGGCCCGAUAGGGUUGGCAACUUUUGCAAUCCCUUGACAAUACCGAGAUCUACAGCAUGGUACUAGGAGUUGUGUUUGAAUGUAACGUUAAUGCUUUAUUUAAAAAUAAAAACAACACUCUUCUUUUUUUUUUUUUUUUUGAAAGGGGUUGAAGUGAACAUGACUGUUGACCAUGUUCGUGAAUUUAUAGAUGCAACGUUCAUUGGUAGAAUUGUGUGAUGGUCUUUUGUGCUACUUAAUUUGACAUAUUCCAGUCUCUGUAUGUACCUGCAAAGAAAGAAAAGUUAAAAAUAACAAAACCCUGCUUUGCUUUUAUUGAAGGGUUCCCAGGACUGCAUACCUGCUCCUGAGCUCUGUUUUAAGUAUGUGUAUCCUUCGCUUGUAUUUUGUAUUAAAAAAAAAAAACACACAAAAAAAAAAAAACACAAGGAAAAAGAACCCUUUAUUGUUCAGCAUGUUGGAAUUGUGUCCCCUCUUUUAUUUUUUUUCUCCUUUUUGGAAUAUAUUAAGCAACUCAUUCUUCUGUAUCUUUUAUUUUCUUUUGUAAACUUUUUGGUUUUGUUUAAAAAUGGCUUUAUAAAAGGGCUUUUAUAACCCAUAAA